AUGAGGUGGCGCAGACCCUCAGAAGCCAAGGUGGGCCUGGUCCUGGCCUUGGCUCUGGCUGCCUUCUCCUUCCUCUUCCUCUUGCGUCUGCCCAUGUGGCCACCAGUCUGCCAGGUUCCAGAGGAGCCAUCUGAUAUUCCCAAGGCCUUGGUGGACUGGCCCUCACUGGUUGCACGCUCACUGCCUGCCCCGUGCCAGGCGAACACCUCGGCCGCCACCCAGCCAGAUUUUGCACAACAGCCGCAGCAGGUGCGCAACUUCCUGCUGUACAAACACUGCCGUGACUUCCUACUGCUGCAGGAUGUGCCACCAGAUAAGUGUGCGCAGCCCGUAUUCCUGCUGCUGGUAAUCAAGUCGUCGCCGGCCAACUACGAGCGGCGUGAGAUGGUGCGCCGCACUUGGGGCCGUGAGCGCGAGGUUCAUGGCGUUCAUCUGCGCCGCCUCUUCCUGCUGGGGACCUCCCCCAAUGCGCUCGAGGCCCGCAAGGUGAAUCAGCUGCUGGCGCUGGAGGCGCGCGUGCACGGCGACAUUCUGCAGUGGGACUUCCAUGACUCCUUCUUCAACCUCACACUCAAGCAGGUGCUGUUCCUACAGUGGCAAGAGACACGAUGCAAUAACGCCAGCUUCCUGCUUAAUGGGGACGAUGAUGUCUUCGCACACACGAGCAACAUGGUUGCCUACUUGCAGGGCCAUGACCCCAGCCGCCACCUCUUCGUGGGGCACCUGAUCAGAAAUGUGGGCCCCAUCCGGGUUCCCUGGAGCAAGUACUACAUACCAAAGGUGGUGACCAAGGAAGAACAAUACCCGCCCUACUGUGGGGGGGGUGGCUUCCUGUUGUCCCGCUUCACAGCUGCUGCCCUGCGCAGGGCGGCCCGUGUCCUGGACCUCUUCCCCAUUGAUGAUGUCUUCCUGGGCAUGUGCUUGGAACAUGAGGGCCUGAAGCCCGCCAUGCAUAGCGGCAUCCACACUGGAGGCAUACAGGCCCCCUCACCACGCCUGCCCUCCUUCGACCCCUGCUUCUACAGGGAGCUGCUGCUGGUACAUCGUUUCCUGCCCUACGAGAUGCUGCUCAUGUGGGAUGCACUCAGCCAGCCCAACCUCACCUGUGGCAAGCGAACACAGGUAUACUGA